AUGAUAAGAUCAAAAUCGCCUAUAUGCGUCACAGAUGGCUUCCUAUUGGUUGGAAUGACAGAACCAAUGGACGGCUUUGUUUUACAAUCACCCGAACAUCUUUUCGAAGUCUUUCUCGAAAUCCAUGAGCCGAUCAAUAAAGAACCACCAGAAAUCUUAGUCAAAUAUCCCGAUGAUUUCUCAGAUCCGAUUCUGAAAACAGCAGCUAAUUUUGCAUAUCCAUGUCAAAUUCCGCCUGAUGAUCAAAGUGAACAUUUCACAUUUGUCAUUCUUGAUUCAACAGGGACUUUAUUCCGAUUUGGUUAUUGCCGUCGAUCGAAUCGCGAAUCAACGUGUUUAUGUUUAAUCAGUUAUUAUCCAUGGUUUGAAAUAUUCUAUAAUAUUCUUAACGAUUUAUCACAAAUUAUCAAUUCGAAAUCAACUACAGAAGUGGAAACAUUUCUCUCAUCCUUAUACAAUCAUAAACUAUUGUCUUCUGAAGAAUUUUACAAUAACUCUUGCAGAGAAACCAUUGAAAUCACUAGUCUUUCAAAUAUUUAUACAUACUCUCGACCUGAUCUUCGUAAAUUGCCUUCGACGUUAUCAAAUCGUAAUUUUUCGGUGUUAUUUUCCUGUUUGGGGCCUGAUAACAUGUUACGUUUAUUUUCACAUUUACUUUUCGAGCGACGAAUUUUAUUCAUAUCAUCGAAGUUGUUCCAUCUAACUGCAUGUGCUUGUGGAUGUUUACAUUUAAUUAAUCCAAUGCAUUGGCAAAACAUAUUCUUGCCAAUUCUUCCCGAAUCGAUGACAUGGACAGCGCAAUGCUCAGCACCGUAUAUUAUUGGAAUUCACUCAAGUCUCUAUUCGAAAUUGAAUCGCAAUGAACUAGGUGAUGUCGUGAUCGUCAAUAUCGACAAUCGAACAAUCGAGUCUCAAUACAAUGAUCUGAAUCUAUUCCCAAAGCAAUUAGUACGUCAGAUGAGAAAAGAUAUUCAACAAUCAUCACAAUUGGCUGGUGAUCAUUUAGCAAGAGUUUUCCUUCGAACAAUGGCAUUUGUAAUCGGAAAUUAUGCAAGUGGAUUUGUUGAGAAAAAUGAGAAAUUAGAUUUUGAUAGAGAUGUUUAUUUGAAACAAUAUCAAGGAUCAGAUUUAUAUAAUUUUAUGUCUUCAAUCGUCAAUACACAAAUGUUUGAACAACUUUCUCGGUAUCGAACUCAUGUUAAAAUUACACAUGAGACUGAAAUGGAUGAAUUCGAUAUCGAAGUUAGAAAUCUCGAACAAUCGAAACAAACACGGGCCAAUAAGAAAAUCUACAAAAUUCUAGAAAAGAAUGUUAAAGACAGCACUCGACAUUCGACUGUUACUUACACUUCCAAUCGAAAAAUUGUAAUCGAUGAAAGAAAUAAGGCAACAAAUCCUCUCAUUGAACAAGUACAAAAUAAAGCUGAAAGGUUACAAACGGCUAUUAAUAAAGCUGGACAAAAGGUUGUGAGUGAAGCAUCAGCAGUGAAAACAAAUUUGACUUCGUUUGAUAUAAAUGAUGUUAUCCGACGAAAAGUCGAGGAGUCCAUCGAAUCGAAUCAUCUCGCGCUUCCACAGCCAAAUCACUCCGGUACAUUAACCUCUUCAUCUUCACGUUCGACAACACCUGGACUAGAUCCAUCAAAAGCGAAUUCCCUAAUCGAUUUUGAUACUGACGAAAAUUUAUUAUUACCAUCUCCCAUCGUGUUAGAUGUUGUUCAAGUACCUUCAGCUCCCGAACCAUCCCGUUUAUCGCCAAAAAUUGAUUCGAAAAUCAAACAAUUACAGAGUGAACUUCAAUAUAAAGUUCAAAUCUUCGAUGGCAAACGCAUCAAUCCUCGAGAAGAAUAUGGUGAAGAACAAACAGAGAUCAAAACUCUUGUUCAACAAUUCGACCCAUUGAAUGAAUCGAGUGCAGUCCUAUUUCGUUCGGAUAUCAAUGCAGCUGAUCGUCAUCCAUCACUCAAUGAACAUAUUCCUACGAAUUAUGUGAAUAAUGUCCUGAGAAAUAUUCAAUCAACGUAUGGUACAAAUACGCGAAUGAAUCCUAGAACUACUCAUCCGGUGCAACACGCUUCUCACUCGUCAUUAGCAGCAGAUUUCGAUCCAUUGGUGGCACCAGAAGCUAGUCUCUAUCCCUCUUUCCAAUCAACGGAAACACAUGGAUCGAAUUUAAUUGAUUUUAACUGA